CUUAGUGGUGUCUAAGGGAUCAGUCUGUAUCGUUAGUGUUCGUGUUAUAGUCGAUACAAGAGGUUGAGCGCGGAACUCGGUAAACAGUGUUUUCAGAAACCAACAUCAAAAGUACAAGUGUGUUUGGGUUCUCAUGGGAUACAUGUACAGGUUAUUUGCAAUAAGAAAGUGCUAAUAAGUGACGCUAUGAAAUUAGGGCAGAGAAGUGAUAAAUGACAGCGUUGUUACUGUGUAACGAGAGAGUCACUUCAACAAUGAAAGAAAUGGCUGUAUGAAGAUUGACUGUGACCUUGAUAGUGUUCCACGGGCAGAUAAAACUGUUUCACUAAUUAGGUUCGAAGAAGGAAACUCCCAGAGUAGCAGACUGUGGUUUUGUGUUAUUUUUCUCGACAAGACGUCCUGCUCCCCACCAGUAUCAUCGUCCUCUCUCAGAACUCGUGACCUCUCCUUGUUUGUGGUUUGAUAACUGAAGUUGAUAAUCCUCUACAAAACGUGCCCAUUCCUCUAGAGUGGCUCAUUAUACGUUAGUUAAAGACUCAGCCCACGUUGUCUCAACUCUGUCCAUUCAUAAGAAGUCUCCUUGUCUUGGUGUCUUUUCCAUCUCUCAUGGGACAUUGACUUUUCCCGUGACAGACUUCCUCCAACCCCCACCCCACCUAGUCACCUCCCUCACUCCCCCUUCCUGCUAGCCAGGAUCCAUAGAGGGCGCUGGGUUCCUGCGGAACAGAAAUGUGCCCUUACCUGCUCAGCGGGAAGCCGGUAGAAAGUGUAGCGAAAUGUUCCAGACUUUGCUGACCAACAAGUUGAAUAUCGCCAUUGAAUUCUCAUGACUUACUCCUACGUCACAGCAUCAUGGACGCUCUUGCGUUUACGUCAGGAAAUAACGUGUCAUCUCAGUACGAAAAUCUUGUGACUUAUUGAAACAAUGCAGUUAAGGGUGACAUCUGGUGGUUGUGUCAGACUAGACUGUUUCAAGCUCUUCAGCUGUAUAAUCAAUUGUCUAUUCAGUAGUUCAAGGUAGUAUGGUACCCUGUUCGGGUAGGUGUGCGUGUUCUCCAUUUGUGUGCUGUGCUUGUGUUUUCAACUACAGUUUAACACAUUUCGCAAUAUUUAGAAGACUUUCAGAAUAAAUUGGCUCUAGAAAGUUGACAGUGAUGCUGGUAUUUGGAAAUCCGUCAAACCAGCCUACAUACACAUGGUGGAUGUCAACAUUUGAUAUGUCACUGUUUGUGCAAGAUUUCAUCGAAACUGGGACAACAGCACUUGGCCCCGCCAUUUUGUGAUACCUCAAUUUGAAAUUCAGGUCCCAGCGACACAGAGCGAGCGCCUGGAGGACAAAGCGGCAAAAGCAUCAAAACUGUCCAAGGAACUGUUUUCAGAACAAAGGACGUUUAAGUAACAAUAGGCCUUUGAGCCUAAUAGUUUGUAUUUUGGAAUGCUUUUCUUCCCUGCAACAAGCAAGAAGUUACAGACUAUUCUCAAUGGUUUAUCUCUUGCUUAUGUCUCCCUGUCAAGAACAGCAGCUGCUGUAAUUUAACUUUAUAAAAAUACGUAAUAAUUAUGUAGACAAGACUGGGUCGAAAAUUUUUCCUACACACCAAAGGCCACUGGCCCGUUGUUCAAAUAUGCAAUGAAUUUGAUCUAAAGAGCACAUAGAAAUUACCGUUGGACAAUAUAUAAUAAUAUUUUGAAUGCAAACGGUGGUUACGUAAAAUUUUCAUCAGACGAGAAUACAAAGAGCAAAUAUUCCUAUGCAGUCUGCAGUGAAUUCCCAUUUUACAAUUUAAAGAUGUUAAAAAUGCAGCUUGAUCUGUUCUCGUGCAGUUGUUAGUGUGGACUGAUUUGUGUUAUUGCUUAAUAAAAAGAUCGCAUCACUGCCGAGCUCCAACACAACAAAAGGGCCAUCAUCAACUCUGAAAACAGCACGGUUUAUGUAACAAGGAGUUACGAGUGUGACAGCCAAAGUUCUCAGCCUCACUGGGAUGUCCAGCAGAUGGUCUUGGUUGGAAAAAAAAGAUGAGGAAUAUUGUCAGGUUAUCAGAACAAGGUUACGAAACUACAGGCUACAAAAAGUGAUUCAGAACAAAAACGUCAUGACAGCGGAAUCAGUGCUCAGUACAGUGAGAGGAUAAAUUAUGUUUCAUGAAAUAUAUUGAUAAUCAUUUUAACUUAGCAUAAUUUCACCUCCGGAAUUUAUUAUCAUAUUCAGUAUUUUCUGAGCGAGGUUAUGGAUGGAGGAAACUCGAAAGACUGGUGAGACAUCUGUCGAAAGGUAGACUAACGCCAUUAUCAGAGUAAAAUCAAGAAUGGAAUACGAUAAUCAGUUUGUUUUAGAUUUGUCAGCAAGUACCCGCGUCUCGUACAAGGGCAGUUAGUUCUCUGUAGCCUAGAAGAGAAAACCGUGAAGUUGCUACACGCAGCAACAACAGAAGAGAAAUCACGAGAAGGUUUCAGCGAGUAAAGUGACUUGCGAAUGACGGUGCAGACGAGAGACGAGAGGUGUGCAAAUUGAGUGAAGUGUAGUGUGUUGCAUCAUGUUGCCAUACCAGGCGGUGGCAAUGGACUACGCCGUGACGUCCUCCUUCCAGCGGCAGAGCCCGGCUGGGGCCGCUGGGGCCGCAGCUGCUGCUGCAGCUCUCAACAUGAACCCGGCCUUCACGCACUCCUGGUUGGUACCGGCGGAUUUCUGUGUCCCGUACAAACAGAAUCAGACUCCUCUCCUCGAGCCAGGCAUCUUGGAGCUGAGGAAGGAGAAGAGUCGUGACGCAGCGAGAUCUCGUCGAGGGAAGGAGAACUUCGAGUUCUACGAGCUGGCCAAGAUGCUGCCCCUUCCUGCCGCUAUCACGUCACAGCUCGACAAGGCCUCCAUCAUACGCCUCACUAUCUCGUACCUCAAACUGCGCGACUUCUCUGGGCACGGGGACCCGCCGUGGAGCAGAGACGGGCCCCCACCAAACAAGAGCGUCAAAGGUGGACCGGUCAGACCUCGUUCAGUCGCCGGAAUCGCCAUGGAAAUGUUCGAGCAACAUCAGGGAACACACAUCUUGCAAGCGUUACAGUCGCUGGAUGGAUUCGCCUUCGCGCUGGCGGCGGACGGCCGGUUCCUCUACAUUUCCGAGACUGUGUCCAUCUACCUGGGGCUGUCACAGGUAGAGAUGACGGGAAGCAGCUUCUUCGACUACGUCCACCACCAGGACCACGCGGAGGUGGCUGAGCAGCUGGGACUUGGGCUAGCUCAGGGCCAGAAUCUCUCGUCGCCCAACAGCGCGGGCUCCGAAGAGGGCGUCAACUCCAACACCGGAACCAACAACCCGGACGUGGCGACUCUGAUGUCCUUGAAUAGCAACUCACCCUACAAAGGCUUGGAUCGGGCCUUCUGCGUGCGCAUGAAGUCAACGCUUACCAAAAGAGGCUGUCACUUCAAGUCUUCGGGCUACCGGGUAGUGCUGGUCUUGUCUAGGCUACGACCGCAGUACACCUUCUCACACACCCGCAAGUCGUCGCCACCUCUGCUCGGAAUUGUGGCCAUCGCCAUGGCACUCCCUCCACCCAGCGUCCAUGAGAUACGCCUCGAGUCCGACAUGUUUGUUACCCGUAUCAACUUCGACUUCCGGAUAGCCCACUGCGAACCCAGAGUGUCGGAACUACUGGACUACACCGCGGAGGAGCUGACGGGGAAGAACCUGUACGCACUGUGCCACGGAGAAGACGCCAACAAGCUCCGCAAGUCGCAUGUCGACCUGAUCAACAAGGGGCAAGUGAUGACACAGUAUUACCGAGUGAUGAACAAAAAUGGCGGAUAUACGUGGGUGCAGACAUGUGCUACUGUUGUUUGCAACUCGAAAAAUGCCGAGGAACAGAACGUAAUCUGCGUCAACUACGUCAUCAGCGGUCGCGAGUACGAGAACCUCAUCAUGGACUGCUGUCAGAUGCAAGACAGCGUGCAGACUGUGAAGAGGGAAGAGACUGGGGGGAACGACCCCGAGAAUGGAUCCCCGGACGCUGACCGUGGUGGUCGUAGUAGUGGAGGGCCACCCAACCAGCAGCAGGACCCUCAUCGGUCCCCUCCAGACCUGGAAGACGGCUCCUCGGAGGGUCCCGGCGACCAACACGGAGGUCGAGGUGGUAGGAGUCACCUGGACCACGUCACCCAGCUGCAGGGUUCUGCCGCACAGAUGACGUCUCAGGCGGCAGCAGGGAAUGUGGGUCACACUCAGCUGGCAGGAGGGCUCAGUAUUCGAGCACUCAAGAAGAUUACAUCUGUUGAGAAGGAGCUGUCAGCGUCGAGGCGAGCGCAUAAACGCAAGCUCACCCAGCAGGAUGAAGACAGCAGCUGUUGCAGCUCAGAUGAAGACGAUGACGAAGAUGAUGAACCUUCAACUGGACAGGGAGGGAAAACUCUUCUACACCGGCAGGGUCAUCGAAGCGCUGUGCUCAGUCCGGCUUCAUCUUCAUGCCAUUCCUCAACAACUUCCUCCUGUCUACCACCAGCGCCUCCAGGCAUUACGCCCUCCUCCGGAGGAGGCCUCGUUAUAACAGCUGAACCGAAUUGCGUGAGCCCUAAACCUCCGGCCCAGCAUGAUGAUGCUGAUGGUGGUGGGGGUGGCACAUCAGUGAAAGACCUGGAGCAUGCCAUGUCCAAGCAUCUACCUGCAGUGUCGCUCGGCAAGGGGACCACUGCUACAUCACCACCCUUAUCGUUGCAGCAGCAUCACCCUACAGACUUCAGCACAGAUGCUUUGUUGAAACAGCAGCAACAAAGAAGCACCAUCCAAUGGAUAGGAGCACAUCAUCAUUUGAAUCAUCUGAAUCAUCAUCAGCAACUGCAACACUCCCAAGGAUCUUCUGCGCCACUCCCAGCGUCAGCCCUCCUCAGGCAACUGUAUGCUAACCGGGAGAGUGUUAUCCGAGCAAACGUGCAUGCAGCGACAUCAGGCAUUACGUCAUCGUCAGGACGUGGUGGAGGAAGUGCAUCAUACUAUGCCGGAGAUGUGAAUCAAGUCGGCCCCCUUCCCACACCGCCAGGAAGUGAAGGCUCAUCCACUUACGGAGACCAUCAGUUUGUGCUGUCACAUAACCAGAAAUCUGGUGCAGGUGUUGUGAAUGGAGGAGCUGACGCGUUCAGCAGCUUAGUUUCUUCCUACUCCACGACAGGAGGCUACUCUGUGGACUACCACUCUGCCAUGACACCCCCUUCCUCUGUUUCCCCUAGGGAUAAGCACCAGCAGCAGAUCCAUUCUGGAGGUGCUUUCGAUAGUCCUGUGUACUCUGAUGUGUUAAGGCAUCAGUAUUUAAGUGGUGGGGGUGCAGGUGGAGGGACUGAUGGAACACCUGCUCAACCUUUGCCUCUGAAGCCUCAAGUAUAUUCAGCCAUGCACCAUAGCGCCCUAGAUGCAGCUGCAGCAUAUGCUGCUACUACAUCCCUUGAUCAGUCACAGUUCUACCACCAUUCUGCUGCAGGAGCAGGAUUUCAUCUGUACCACCCUGCCACCAACAAAACAGUAACAGCCACAGCAACAGUCUAUCCAGAGGCUCUAAAAAACUCAGCAAACUGGUACUCCACUGCAUCAUAGUACGAGUAGCCAGGUACACAACUAUUUCACCAUUAUGACAACAUGAGCAUUAGCCCGUAGUAUAGUUGUUCACUGAUUCUCAUAAGAUGAAUUGGAAGAAACUGCAUAAUGAGGUGGUGCUUAAUCAACUAAAGAACAAGUGGGACAACUCAAAAGGUGUGUAUAUAUUCAAACUGUAUCUACUACCUAUCUGCCUAGGCCAGAUCUCUCUGAAAACUGAUUCCCACAAUGAAGUGUAGUUUGAAUAAACAGACACCUCUAUCCAUUAAUGUACUUAAUUACAUUUUAAAUAAGUAAGGGGAAUAAUGGACAUUCAUCCAUUAGGGAAACUAAUGGGUAAAAUAUGUGCUGUCAGCUUUAGUGUACCAAAUAUCUUUAAGACUAGAUUUUCCAUUUACUGAAACCAGUUGACUCAAACUGAUGACAUAGGAGCAUACUUUUUCCUUCUUGAAGUGCACUACAUUCCACUCAACAUAUAUUACUUGAAAACAGAAUGCAUUGUAAAAUGUCCCACACAUUCGUAUAAGGACUGGCAAAAACUACUUUUAUAUUGCAUUGGAAGAAUUUACUCGAGGGGCAUGACAGAAAAUAUUUUUAGAGUGAAAAAACAAAUUCCUUGCAAAUCCAUUAAUUCCUGCAAUCCAUUUUUUGGGAAAAUGGAAUGUUUUGUGAAAUUAUAAAAUGUAUAAAUAUAUAUUUCUGUGGUGGACUGUUUCAAGAUUCUUGGUGCUCUUCUAAACAGAAUGUUUUAUCAAAAUUACUGUAGUUAUGCAAUGCUAAAUGUUAACAGACUCCUUCACAUCAGUGACAAAUGAAAGAGAUACAGCACAAAGAAGAAUGUUUCAGUUAUGACCAACAUGAAGUGUAUAAGAAAUUGCAUGUAGCUUUAACACUGUUUCGAGUAAUCUGACUAUUAAUUACUUGCGGGAUGCUCAAAACAUCUACAGAACAUAUAACAGUUACCGGAAAUAGUUGUCGAAAGAUUCUAUGGUAACACCUAUAAAACUCUUGACAAUGUGACUUGGGAUUCAGAAGAGAGACCAUCACAUAUCCACUACACAGUGUGUAUAUAGCACUUUCAGCUACAUUUAGAAGGUGUGAAAGUAUAUGGUUGGUUUACUGAACAGACAUUCAUUGCAGGACAUGAAUACUGUGACCUACCUUGUAUAAAUAAAAUGGCGAUAGUAUUAUGCAGUGUAUAAUUACAAGUGAACAUGUGAAAUAAUUAUGGUGUGCAUGACUACAAAUUAUUUCACAAAGCAAAAACAAAACUGCAUUGUCAUGUUACACAUUCUUUUUUGUGUAAAGGAACUGCUGAGACAUAAUUUUUGUUUCUUCACAUAUUUAAAAUGAUAGGUUAAACACAUAUUUCAAAAUUAAAAUAUAUGCUCUUAAAGAGCUUAAAUAUUUCUGGUUUCACUGAUAUUCAAAUUUUCAUUUGGGUUAAGCUGUAAAGUUUACCCAAAAA